CGUGGCUAGUCAUGGAGUCCCCGUCUCGGAGACUGCAGACGAAACCAGUCAUUACUUGUUUCAAGAGCGUCCUCUUGAUCUACACUUUCAUCUUCUGGAUCACUGGCCUAAUCCUUCUUGCCGUUGGCAUUUGGGGCAAGGUGAGCCUGGAGAAUUAUGUUUCCCUUUUAAAUGAGAAGGCCACCAAUGUCCCCUUCGUGCUCAUUGGCACUGGCACUGUCAUCAUUCUUUUGGGCACCUUUGGCUGUUUUGCUACCUGCCGAGCUUCUGCAUGGAUGCUAAAACUGUAUGCAAUGUUUCUGACCAUUUUUUUGGUUGAAUUGGUCGCUGCCAUCGUAGGAUUUGUUUUCAGACAUGAGAUUAGGAACAGCUUUAAGAAUAAUUAUGAGAAAACUUUAAAGCAGUAUAACUCUACGGGAGAUUAUAGAAGCGAUGCAGUAGACAAGAUUCAAAAUACGUUACCUUGUUGUGGUGUCACCGACUAUAGAGUGAGGGAUACUAAUUAUUACUCAGAAAAAGGAUUUCCCAAGAGUUGCUGUAAACUUGAAAAUUGUUCUCCACAGAGAGAUGCAGAUAAAGUAAACAAUGAAGGUUGUUUUAUAAAGGUGAUGACCAUUAUAGAGUCAGAAAUGGGAGUGGUUGCGGGAAUUUCUUUUGGAGUUGCUUGCUUUCAGCUGGUUGGAAUCUUUCUAUCCUACUGCCUCUCUUGCGCCAUAACAAAUAACCAGUAUGAGAUAGUGUAAUCAUCAAACCACGGGCUUACUAUUGUUCAGCUUUAAGGACAUUUACAUUCCCCCCUGUGAGCUAUGAGAUUGCCUGGAUGGAAGAUUGCCUAAUACUACUUACGAUAGACCAAAAAAUUCCAUCAGUAAUAGUCUGAUUCAAUCAAGACAUUUGUGUAGGUCCACCUUUUGUCCCAUUGGUGUUAAUCAUUGAAACCCCUGUAUCACUGUGAAACACUGGAAGAGCUAAUAAAUUAUAAAUGAAGCAAAAAAAAAAA